CUUAUUUCUGGUUCGGUGCAAUGGCGGCACGAUCGGAGGAGGCGAAAGAUGGCGUUCCUACUCGCCAUAGUGAUGAAAUCAAUACUGCCUCUCAUCGGAUUCAUGCUGCUUUAGCACCUCGGAUUGCCGUUCUCAGUAGCCCUGACGUGGACGAAGCACUUGCUCCAAAUAAUUUCGACUCAUUUGCAGACUUGUUGAAACCAUUUCAAGAAUCAAUCGAAAAUCUUACAGUACGAACAUCUCAACUUGAAACUAGACAAUGCAAAACAUUUCCACUCUCGUUUGAUCAUAUUGACUUAUUUGGCACUUCACACGCAGUUUCAACUACUUCUCUAUUCACGCCUGCGGAUAUCAUUGGUCAAUCUACAGAUACGGCACGGAAUGCACAAUCUCCACCGAAGCCAAAGAGAAGAACGCCAGCAUACUCUCGUCCGGAAAUUCUGUUGGACGCCAUCAGUGCACGCAUAAGCAGUAAAUCAAAAGCACUUUGGGAAAGUCGUGGAAAUGAGGAAACGGAUCAAAAGAACAGUUCAUCACAUAGGAGGAAGCCUUCCGUCUACUCGCAAGACGUCGCUCUAAUAAUGGACGAAAAUGAUCUUACAUCGGAAGGAAUUGAUCUACCUCUCUAUCGCGAUGCCGAAAUUGAUCGUAUCACGCCUUGGUUUGCCGAUACGAGGGAUAUGGUAUUGCAUGCUCGUCAAGUAAGCGAACAUGAGACAUUCGGUCACCCAAUGGCAGCGAUACUGGUCGUCUCAGCUUCAUCUUCCGAUCCAAUGAAUGCGUUUGCCAAUCUAUUUGAAGAAUCUCAGCCUCACUCAAAUUCAGCUUUCAACAAACGUCCAUACGUUGAUCCUCUAAUAUUCAGGUAUUACGUCUUACUUCAUGACGUAUCGAAAAGCGGAUCAGAUUUAACAGAAUCUGUUGCACUUUUGGAAAAUGUGAAAAAGACAUACGGGCUACAUUGCUGCCUACUACCUAUCAAUUCUGCUGAAGGGAAGUCAUCGCAUCCCAAAGAAGAUAUUUCAAGUCUGUGGCACCGUGUCCUUCGAAAUACAAGCUCAUAUGCAACAUCCCCUCCCCAAGACGAUACAAUCACUGCAUCUCCCAAAAAGCGACAGAGUCUAGACGCUCUAAGCAAGUGGUAUGGCGGUAGCACAACAGAAGAGGAAAAGGUGUAUGCAUCUCUUAUCAACGAUGACGAUGUCCGAAAGAUCAAGACCUUUGUUCGCGACUUUGCCGCUCAAAGUCUCAUACCUUUCAUGGAGAGAUGUGUGAGCCUUUGGAAUGACCAGCUAGCGGCUUCUAGAAGGGGCUUGACAGGAAGAUUAUUGGGAGCGGGAAGAAAAUUCUUUGGUGGAGCAGCAUCUCGUAGCUCCGGAUCAUCUCAAUCAUCGCAAUCGUUCUCUACUCUAGGCUAUUACCCCCACACAGCGCUAGAGGCACAAACUAGAAGACUUGCCGACUUUGCUUUUAUGACGCAUGACUAUAAAUUGGCAGCAUCGAUGUACGACCUGUGCAGAAAAGAUUUUGCCAAUGAUAAGGCGAACAAGUAUAUCGCUGGCGCAAAUGAGAUGUUUGGUCUAUCUCAUUUGAUGCUGAUGAUGGGUACGCCAAAUGCCUUGAUCGAUGUUGAUUCGUAUCUAGCGGCUGCGGGAUCAUUUUACCUUAUCGCUCCCCGACAAAAAGGAAGUUCAUUGCAAUUGGAUGGUUUACGUGCAACAUUGCUUUUCUAUGAAGCAUAUAGAGGUUUAAGUUUUUAUCGUUCUGCUCCUGCUGCGUUGGUGAGAACGGCCAAUGAAGGAUCAAGUGAGGAUGAGAAUGAUCUAGAAGUGGUCGCAGCAAUGCUGUUGGAGCAAGCAGCCCUUGUCAAUUUGCGUCAAUCGGGAAAACCUGCUUUGCGCAAAUGUGCCUUGCAUCUCAUCAUGGCUGCACAUCGGUACAGGAAAUGCGGACAAAAGCAUCUCAGCUUACGUUGCUUUAGAGCAUCUGCACAAAUUUAUAGAAUGUUAUCACAGGGAAAUCUUUCCUCUUUGACGGAGACGGGCGAGGAGGGUGAAGAGAAAGAAGAAGAAAACGAAAAGCUUGCCGACUAUAUCGCCAAGAAUGAAAGAGUACAAGUUCGCGAAUGGGAAGUGAUCAAUGAUCAUAUGGAACAUGAGAUGGCUCAACAAGCUUUCAAUGAUGGCAACAUUGCACAGGCACUUGCUUAUUAUGUUCGCAUCCUCCAGAGACAAAGCACAAGCUUUGAAGCAUCAAGUCCAGAAAGUACCUAUAGGCAUGAAACAUACCUUCAAGGUUUCUUGACAUGUUGCAAGUAUCUAGACGGCGAUCUUACAGCCGUUUUGAAAGCACAUGGCAUCAGCCCAAGUCUGAAUAUCAUAGACUCUAGAUCGACAUACAUUGAAGUGAAUGCAAGCACGCAAAGCGAUGAUGCUCCUUGGAGAGCGUUGGAAGAACGGGUCUUGGGUCAAUCUGUCUCAAAAGCGUACAAGGAGCAAAAUACAACUGCAAUUGACGAAACAUUUUGGGUUCACAUCUGCGUACGGAAUCCAUUUAAUGUGCAACUAGCCAUCACAUCUCUAGCAGUUGACCUUGUGGAUGUUACUACGGGAGACGCAGUCUCGGAUGGCGUUGUUGAGAUCAAACCUCAAGAUUCAUUCACUCUUGCGCCACUCGAAACACGCAUUGUAUCAUUGGCUGCAAUUUGUCGUUCAGCACAGAAGUUGAAGCUAUCGCAAGUCCGAUAUUGUUUCGGGGAGGACAUUGAGCUUCGUGAAGCUGUCGUGAAGGCUGGAAGACGUUUGAACGAUACAAAAGAGCAGCGUACAUCUUCUGAACCAACUUACGCGCCGAACGAAUCAAUCGCUGUCAUUGUUCAUGAAUCAAAGGCAAUUCUUGAAGCCACUUUUGUGAAUGCUGCUUCUCAACUAGGGCUAGGAGAGGAAGUAGAAGCUACGAUCAAUUUUGCAAAUGUUGGCAAGGCGUCUUUGAAAAACGCACAAAUUCACAUCAACCGUCCAGACACUUUGGUUGAUCCAAACAACGUAGACGUCACAUCAGACCAGCUCGAAAAAGAAUCGUUUGAAGUCGACAAUUCUCUGCAAGCAACAAAACCGAUUGCGAUUCCCCUUAUAGAGGAUACAUUGGCUGCAGGCGAUACAUUUAGCUGGAAAGUCAUCUUGAGAGGAAGCGCUCUCGGAUUCGUCACACUGCGUGCUUUAAUUGUUUUCGAGGCACAGAGUGGUGAAAAACUUACUGCACAACUGCAACACACGAUCCAAAUCGAUCCUGUGGUAGACCUGUCCAUUCAAGCCCUACCUUCAAGAUCGGAAAAGAUGCAAUAUCAAUUACGCUUGGACGCUUCCAAUAUGAUGCAGCCAGAUCAGGCUAGCGAGGGAGAGCCGCAGAAUAUUGUGAUCGAUGGAUUGUCUGUGGUCGGACCUUGCUGGAGGGUUGAUGCGGAUCACGCAAAAGAUACCCUUGAACCCUUUAAGAGUAUUGGUCAAAAGGAAAGACGGAGUACGGAGCUUUUCGUGACACCUGAGAAUGCACCAAACGAUGGUAAAGAUUUUGUUUCAAUCUCUGACCUGAGCUUUACAGUAGAUCAGUUACGCUCAAUUCUUACAGGGAGAGGAUUGGACAAAAGCGCUUCUGCACCGCCAACAAAGCUUACCUCAAGCAAGGUACAUGGAAAUGAACAGCUAAGCCGCUUCUUCUUUCUGGCCCGUAAGGAAUAUAGACUUUCAACAUUAUCGCACGAUUUUCCUUCUUUGCUCGUACGACGUGAAGGCGGCGAUAAGAGAAUAGACGAAUUACAACAAUUACGUCAAAUUUUCACCUUGUACGAACCCAAUGAGGUUGACAUUAUCGCUCACUGGCAUAUCUCGAGCAAAAGUGGUGAAACAAGAUACGGUCAGGCAUUCGUGUUUGGGUUACGUUUGGGUCCUUCAAUUGAUUAUCUGGCACCUUUGUUCUCGAAUCCCAACGCAUCAGAACAAGGAAGAGCAGCUCGCACGAUGUAUGCCGAGACCGAACGUGAGAAAGCGGCUAUUUGGCAAAACUUACGCACGAGUCGAUUACACAUGGAAGAUGAUCCGAUUCUGUUUGACUUCAAGCUGCCUAUGGAUCAAGCAGGAAAGCAUGACUUUACUCAAUCGGGAAGGAAAGUUGUGAAUGUUGACUUUGUUGUGCAGAAUCUGUCUCCUCUCAGUACACGCAAAGUCAUUCUCAAACUUGACAAUAUUUCUCCUCCCGCGGGAAAUACCGCUGCGAUUGCAGCGAUUACCAAUGCAACAGGCAAGGCAAUCACUCCGAUUCAUGCUUCUUACGUUGAGAGAUUGACUUUGUCCGCCACAAUUGCACCUUUAUCUAAAACAACUUUAACAGGCAAAGCAAGUAUUCCUAGAGCGGGUCGUGCAAUCUUUGCUCCAGUCCUGGUUACAAAUUCAGCUGUGGAAGAGGGUCAAGAUGACUCUUCUCAAAAGAAGCCAUUCCAGAGAUGGGAGUAUUGCUCUCAAUUCAUGAAUAUUGAAUGAUAUCUGCGAUUGUACAAUAUACUAUACCACCAAAUACACAUUGUU